AUGAUUUCUGUUAUGAUCACGUUCUGUCGGGCCUUAACGGCGGUCUAUACCGACACGAUCAUCACAAAUAUCAAGCGGCCUCACAAAGAGAGGCGUACAAACAAGCAAGACCUAGGCCAGGAAUACCCACCCGGCACUAGACGCAUCAAUAACCAACUCCGUCACAACAAUCGCCCGAUCCGGCGCGAAGGGGACUUCUGGGUCUACGAAGACAACAACAGAUACGCUCCCCCAAAUUACGAUAACUGCUCAUACCGAAACGGGCGGUAUUACUUCACCCUUGAAGACGGAACAGAAGAAGAGGAUAUUUGGAACGAAACAGAAGCUCAGUGGGAACUAGCCCCACAAUACAGGGAACCGGCGCCGGUAAUCCCCGAAGACUCGGAGCAAGAGGAAACGACCUCGGAAUCAGACUCCGACUCACCAGACCAAACACCGAUCAACACCCGAAAUGAACCGCUCGCCAACAUGUCGGGACAAGCUUCGACUUCUACAGACCCCCCUUCCGCGACAGUACAACCCGGAAGAGGGAAGGUCAAACUCCCAGACAACUAUACAGGCAACCGCAUUGAAUCCCAGAAAUUCAUGCUCCAAUGCCUCCUUUUUUUCGCAGCAGAAUCCGAUCGGUACAAGACCGAUCAAGACAAGAUAUCCUUGGUACUCUCAUGCAUGAGAUAUGGCACGGCAGGAGCUUGGGCCGAGAACUUCCUCCUCAAAUCAGUAGAAGCGGACCCUCCCACUGAUCUAGGAACCUGGAGGGACUUUUUAACAAAGUUCAAGCUCCAAUUUAGGGAGACCGGCAAGACCGAUAAAGCGCGAAGCGCACUCAUGGCCUUCUCCCAAGGACGAAUGACGGUUGAUGAAUAUUCCAACCAAUUCAUCCUCAUUGCCGCCGAUGCCGACAUCUCCGACAAGGAGCAAGUCCCUUACUUCCAACGCGGGUUAGACCCGCGCGUCAUGGACAAAAUAUAUGACAAGGAAGUUCAACCAAAAGACACCAUCCAGGAUUGGAUUAACACAGCCUGCGAAAUAGACGGACGACUCAGAGCCAGAUCUGCUCAAAAAGCCAUCCUUGCCAACUCCACCUCCUUUCGCAGCGAUUAUCUGAAUCGUUUCCACACCCAACCAGCCGUCCGUUAUAACUCCACAACUGCCCCUCGCAGAAUGAACAACCAGGUGGUUGACAUGGACAUUGACGCUACCAGAAAGUGUAACGCCGAAAAGGCGUUCGCCCAGUUCGAGGAAACUCGAAGAGACGCCUGGGUACGACAGGGAGAGGAAACCGCGCAGUUGAUUUGGAAGGAGAAGACGACGCACCCGCUAUGGGAGACCAAGCGGGAAUAUAUUGAGGAAUGGAGACAGAGGAUGUUCAUCGCAACAACUAGCGGGUACCACAACCUGGUCCUUCGAUGGAACGUCCUCACUCUGCCCCAUCCGGACGACCCCAAACGAACCAUGGGCAACGCGCUAUGUUACCUAACGGACGACGGGGAGACGGAAGCGUCAGUCAUUCUGCUCGAAUCGGAGCAGUGCUCGGAGAACUAG